AUGGUGAUUAUGACGCUAGAGAGGCUUCGGAUUAGCCAGGCUGCAGUUAGCUAGUUAGCGAAGCAACGCUAGUUAGCUAGUUCAUAAACUAAGCCGAGGGGGUUAUUUCCUGCAGUCAUGGCGUCUGUUUUGGAUGCUCUCUGGGAGGACAGAGACGUCAGAUUCGACAUAACAGCACAGCAGAUGAAAACCCGUGCAGGAGAAGCACUGAUAGACUGUCUGGACUCCAUAGAAGACACGAAAGGAAACAACGGAGAUCGAGGACGACUACUGGUAACAAACCUGAGAAUCAUUUGGCAUUCUUUGGCCCUGCCAAGAGUCAAUCUGUCUGUGGGUUACAACUCCAUCAUUAACAUCACAACAAGGGCAGCUAACUCAAAAUUGAGAGGCCAAACUGAGGCGCUCUACAUCUUGACAAAGUCCAACAACACAAGAUUUGAGUUCAUUUUCACCAAUGUGGUUCCAGGAAGUCCACGGCUCUUUACUUCUGUUAUUGCUGUCCACAGGGCCUAUGAGACAUCUAAAAUGUACAGGGACCUGAAAUUGCGAGCCGCUCUCAUUCAAAAUAAGCAGCUGAGACUUUUGCCCCGGGAGCAAGUGUAUGAUAAAAUUAAUGGAGUUUGGAAUUUAUCCAGUGAUCAGGGUAACCUUGGAACCUUCUUUAUCACCAAUGUUCGGAUCGUGUGGCAUGCUAAUAUGAAUGAGAGCUUCAAUGUCAGCAUUCCUUACCUUCAGAUUUGGUCUAUCAGAAUAAGAGACUCAAAGUUUGGCUUGGCUUUGGUGAUCGAGAGUUCACGCCAGAGCGGUGGCUAUGUGCUCGGGUUUAAGAUUGACCCUGUGGAUAAGCUUCAAGACGCACUAAAGGAAAUCAACUCAUUGCAUAAGGUGUACUCUGCCAACCCCAUCUUUGGAGUGGACUAUGAAAUGGAAGAGAAGCCCCAGCCGUUGGAAGAGCUGACAGUAGAACAGCUUCCUGAUGACGUGGAGAUAGAGCCCGAUGAGCAGACUGACGCUUUCACUGCUUACUUUGCCGAUGGAAAUAAGCAACAAGACCGUGAGCCGGUUUUCUCUGAGGAGCUGGGCCUCGCCGUCGAGAAGCUGAAGGACGGCUUCUCACUUCAAGGACUGUGGGAAGUCAUUAGCUGAAAUAACAUAAAACUAAUUAAUAUUUUUUUAGAGGUUAGGUUAAAAGUUGUACAGUUAAUGCACUGAUACCUUUUCAUGAAAAUAAAAAUAUAUUACAUGUAGAUUAUAUUUAUU